AUGAAAUACCACACUGUGUUCGUUUUUAUUCUUUCUCGUAAGUCAACACAAUCUUUGUUUCAAUUUGUGUUAUGCCGCUCAGAUCAGAUCUCUUGCUCUCCGUUAUCCCCUCAUUCAUGUUAUUCAGCGGCAAUACAAUGUUUGAAGAGGAAGAGGCUAUAUGAACAGCAAGUAGAACAGCUUGGAAACCAACAGUUGCGUAUUCAUGACCAGAUGAUAAUGUUGGAAGGUGCCAAGGCAACCACAGAAACCGUAGAACUAGAAGCAUUGAGAUUUGGGGCAUCUACAAUGAAGGCUAUGCAAAAAGCAACGAACAUUAAUGAUGUUGACAAGACCAUGGAUGAGAUCAAUGAACAAACUGAGAACAUGAAACAGAUUCAGGAAGCAUUGUCAACUCCAUUUGGUGCAGCUGAUUUUGAUGAGGAUGAAUUGGAGGCAGAACUUGAAGAGCUUGAGGGUGCUGAGUUGGAAGAAGAGCUUCUUCAGCCUGUAACUACAGCUCCAGCAGCCUCGGUGCAUGUUCCAGCUGGGAGGCAACCUACUCGUCCAGUGCCUGCGAAAUCCACUCCUGAAGAAGAUGAAUUGGCAGCUUUGCAAGCUGAGAUGGCACUUUGAGCAGGCAUUGAUGAUGGGUUAUAACUCAUAACCAGUUGGCAGUGGCAUGGGGAGAAUUCUGCUUCCUCUCACCGUUGCUUAUCUUUGUGAAAAUUAUUGAACAGAGAAUGUACAUAGAGUUUAUAAAAAGUGAAAAUUUCUUUUGCUUUUUGAUGUCACCCUAUUAGAUUAGAUAUUUGUUUUUUUGAGAAGUUGCAAACUUCACUACACUUGUGUUGUUCUUGUCAUGUAUUUAUGGCAAUGGAUCCGCAUGAUAUUGUUGGGUGAAAUUUGUGGUUUUCUUUAU